AUGGGAACAAGAGGACGUAAAGGUUCACAGUCGAGAGGAAGUGGUAAAAAGACCCUCUUCAGAAAGGUCAAACUUACUGGUAAUAAAAAUGAAAAGCCAAAAUUUGCUUAUAUUGCAAUGAACAAAAGUGACGAAUCUUACCCUGAGAAUAUGGAGAUCGACGGUGAAGCAAAUAUAGUAGAAAUAGAAGGUAAUACUUUGAAUUCUUUAAAUAGGAUUACGUUUCUAGCUGAUUCAGGGGCUAACGAACACUUUGUAAAUAAUAUAAAUUACCUAACUGAUAUAAAGAAAGUUGACAGAGAAAAUAAGAUUAAAGGUGCAAAUUCAAAUAAAAAGGCCAAUUUAAAAAUAAAAUAUCAGGGUGUGAUUAAUUUUAAACGUUUAAAUGGGAAUGUAGGAAAAUUAAAAAAUGUUUUGUAUUCUAAGAAUUUAACUAAAAACUUAUUUGCAUUAUAG